AUGAGCGGAGGAUAUGGCAGAGGCCCACCAACCAUUGAAGGUAUGGUGUCGUUGAAAGUUGAUAAUCUGACGUACAGAACGACGCCGGAGGAUUUGCGCCGUGCUUUUGAAAAAUAUGGCGACGUUGGAGAUGUGUAUAUUCCCAGAGACAGAUUCACCAGAGAAAGCCGAGGAUUUGCUUUCGUUCGCUUUUAUGACAAACGCGAUGCCGAAGACGCGAUGGAUUCAAUGGAUGGAGCUUUGCUCGACGGCAGAGAAGUGAGAUGUCAGAUGGCGAGGUAUGGUCGACCAUCGGAACCUUACAGACGGGGACCAUCACGCCGUGGAAGUGGUGGCGGCGGUGGCGGAAGAAGAGGAAGAUCUCGAUCCCGAUCACCCAGAAGACGCAGCAGACGUUCUAGAAGCCGAUCUGGUGGAAGUCAUUCUCGCAGUCGCUCAGCCAGCAGAUCUCGCAGUAGGAGUCGGGGCAAAGCAGUCGCCUCUCGCAGCCGUUCAAGGUCCUUUGAGAAGGAUGGAGCAGAAGCCUCUGACUGA